AUGGCGGAUAUAGAAUCAGAUGGCAAAAUGUACGAACGAGAAGAUACUCUAUCGGGGGAGGCAGAUCAGAAAGGCCUAGAACAAACAGUGGAAACAUGGAAGGACCAAUAUAUCCAGUCGAUAUUGAAGCCCAACUGUCCGCGCUGUUAUGUUCGUCAGAGGAUGAGGAAUUUGAUGAUGAAGCAGUUGGUUAUUUUGUCCGAUUUUGAUCAGCGUUUGGAUGAAGUACAAAAUCUUUCUACAGAAGCAUUGCACAGUUUAUUGGAGGGUGAGCCAGAUUUAUCACUUAUUCAAGAUACUACUACUUCACAAGAUGUCACUAUGGCUGAAGUCCAUGAGGAAGCUAUAUGUUCAAUCCCUGAAAUUUCUGUUGCUGCUUCAACAUCAACUUCUCUUCCACUACCUGAAGUGACUGUGUCUGAUGAACAAAAUACUGCACAAACUACAUUGUCUUUCUCUCGAGAUACAUUUAGACCAUUGCAAGAUAAAUCAAGGAAUUGGUCCUUUAUACAUGAAAAUGGUACUUGGCCUAGUUUUGACAGAGAAAUGCAAGUAAAAAAGAGAAAGCCUGAAGAUGAAGUGUCAGCAGUUUAUAACGGACCUUACAAACUCAUCGCUUACCAUCAAGGAACAAGAAGAUGGCAUUGGAACCUCAUAUACAUCAGUCAUAAUAAACAGUGGGGAUUUAACUCUCGACUGGGACGAAUUAUUCGAGAAGGAACCUACAAGACAACAAGCAUUAAUUGCCUGUCUUCUCUACGCGAGUAUCUUAAUUCCGGCAAUGGUUGUCCAGUACUACAAGACAUUCUCAGCGACGAACAUAUUGAAACUUCAAAAAAAAAUGUCAAAAAUUUACUUAUCAAACAAUUUGGAGAAAACUGGGAAUCGCUGCCUGAAUUAGAGUGGUACAAAAGACUUUUGUGUGAAACAGUACCUACAUUAUCACAAAAUCAAGAAGAAAAGGAUGAUGAUGAAGAAUGUGAUUGUUUUGAACCGGACACGGAUACAUUAAGAGUG